UAUUUGCCUUCAAACUAAACCAGAUCCACAGUCAGAGCAUGGCACAGAGACCAGCAGCCAGCCGGGCCUCGGCAGAACCAGACUUCUUGCAGUUCAACGACCUGGCCUGUGAGAGUGUCAGCGGGAGAGUUAUUUUUGCUACAGACGAAUGGUUCGCUCCUGCUGUCAACCUGCUGAAGAGGGAUCCUCCGCACUUUGACCCUUUGGCGUUCACUGCCUUUGGAAAGUGGAUGGACGGAUGGGAGACUAGGAGAAAGAGGAAACCUGGUCAUGACUGGUGUGUGGUCCAGCUGGGCAUACCUGGGCAGAUAUAUGGAUUUGAUGUGGACACCUCCUUCUUCACUGGAAACCACGCCCCCUACGUCUCCAUCCAGGCCACCUGUCUCGAUGAGCCGCCCACCAUCACCCUCACAGGAGAUCGAACCGGCAUGGCCGCGACAGUCAGUGAGACUGAGGCCAUCGCUAAGCUGGGCUCAGAGGCGUGGCCAACGCUGCUGGGCGUGUCACAGCUGAAACCUGGUUAUUCCGACAGCUGCCAUAACUACUUCCAUGUCAACUUCCCCCACAGAGUCACACACCUGCGCCUCAACAUGUACCCAGAUGGUGGGAUUGCAAGACUGAGAGUGUAUGGUGUCGGACAGAGAGACUGGUCAUCAGUCUCCGCCCACCAGGACAUCGACUUGGUGGCACUGACUAAUGGUGGAGUCUGCCUGAGCUACAGUGACGCCCACUUUGGACAUCCACGCAAUGUGAUUGGUCUCGGCUCUGCUGUCAACAUGGCGGAUGGAUGGGAAACGGCCCGCCAACUGGACCGACCCAAAGAACUGAAGGUGGACGAGCGUGGGAUCCUGCAGGUACCCGGCUCAGAGUGGGCGGUGUUUCGGCUCGGUCACUGUGGCGUGAUCAACAGCAUCGAGGUCGACACCAGCCACUUCAAAGGUAACUACCCAGACUCCUGCAGGAUCGAGGCAUGCACUUUGACUCCAGAGGAGGAAGAUCAGUGCCUCUGGACCAGCUGUUCUGCUGGGAAAUGGGAUCUGCUGCUUCCAUCACAAAAACUUCAUCCUCAUCACAGACAUCACUACCGAGGGGCAGAGUUAAUGCUGAGACGGCCAAUCACUCACAUUCGCCUGGUCAUCGCCCCGGAUGGCGGCAUCAGCCGGCUGCGACUCUGGGGUCAACCCACGCUGAUGUCAUCAGGAUCACCCAAUCAGCACAGACCCACAUCCAAACUCUGAACCAGCAGAGUCCAGACCCGGGUUUGGCUCCAUGCUUACGGAACACCGAUUCUUAAAGCUGGCCCUUGUUCUGGGCUUUAAAUUUGUAUUUCUGUCCG